UAGAGAUUAAAUAUACAUAGAGAGUGAGACUGUUACGAAAUGCUAAAUCAUUCCACUGUGAGCCCCUGCAUCAUUCUUGAGUGAAAAAUAUUUUGCUGAAGUGGUGCAAAAGGACAACGCAAAACAGAUUGACGGAGGAAGGGAUACAGGCAACUGCAAUAUACUCCAGGAACCAAAGAUUUCAACUCACAGACUGCAAGACGGGAAAAGGAUGAAAUCAACCAAUUAAUCCAUCUGACCGGAUGGAGUCUACAUUUCAGUGCUCUAAUUACCAAAGCUGCACACAGAGACACGGACACACACAAACACAUACAGACACACAUACGUACAGACACACACGUACAGACACACACACGUACAGACACACACACAUACAGACACACACAUAGAUAUGCACAAAGGAAUGUAUAUAUAAAUACAGAUAGACACACACAUUGACAAAUGCAAUGAUGCACGUACACUCAAAUAGGUAUCUGACACGCACACACAAAGGUACACACAAAACUAAACAGAUAGACAGAUACACAUACAGCCAUACACAUGGAUUCAUAAUCACAGAGACACACUUACAGACACACAUGCACGGGACAGAAAUGAAGCUGUAAGUCUGUCUACGGAGCUCCUCAGUGUAAGAUGUGAAGUGAUCUUACUGGGCGUGUGAUUUCUCUCAUACUGUGUCACUGACUGAGACCUGGCUGUCUGUCCCCUCACUGUCACUGAUGCUGGUCACCAACAUCCAAUAAGUGCUCCUGAGGAGGAAUUCUUGCCGUGGAUAGCCCUGGGAUAUAUAUUUUUGCCCACCACCUCCUUCCUUUCUGGGAGCUGGAGUGAGCAUGGUACUUUGGAUCUUGUUACUACAACCUCUGCUGCUUUGGGCACCUCGGCUGACCGCGAGUGUGGGCAUCUCAGGAAGAUCCAGGGCUGGGCCACGGUUGAAGAGCCGAUCGCGCCUUCGGCAGGAAGAUUUCCCACCCCGGAUUGUGGAACACCCGUCUGAUCUGAUCGUGUCCAAGGGGGAGCCUGCUACUCUGAACUGCAAGGCCGAGGGCAGACCGAAUCCCACCGUUGAGUGGUACAAGGAUGGGGAGCGGGUGGAGACGGACAAGGACGACGCCCGCUCGCACCGUAUGCUGCUGCCCAGCGGCUCCUUGUUCUUCCUGCGCAUUGUCCACGGCCGGAGGAGCAAACCUGACGAGGGAAGCUACGUCUGUGUGGCCAGGAACUACCUGGGGGAGGCCGUCAGUCACAACGCCUCGCUGGAGGUGGCAAUUCUCCGGGAUGAUUUCAGACAGAACCCUUCCGAUGUUAUGGUGGCAGCAGGUGAGCCAUCCGUCAUGGAAUGCCAACCUCCUCGUGGGCAUCCAGAGCCAACCAUUUCUUGGAAGAAGGACGGUGUCCAGCUGGAUGAUAAGGAUGAAAGAAUUACGAUCCGGGGAGGGAAGCUGAUGAUCACCAACACAAGGAAGAGUGACUCUGGAAAGUACGUGUGUGUGGGCACCAAUAUGGUGGGCGAGAGGGAGAGCGAGGUGGCCGAGCUGACCGUACUGGAGCGACCAUCCUUUGUCAAGAAGCCAAGCAGUCAGGUCCUGCUGGUGGACGAGACGGUUGAGUUUAAGUGUGAGGCACGGGGAGACCCCACUCCAACAGUGCACUGGAGAAAGGAGGAUGGUUUGUUGCCGAAAAGCAGGUCUGAGAUCCAAAGGGGCAACACGUUGGUCAUUCGACACGUCACAGCAGCUGAUGUGGGAACCUACACGUGUGUGGCCGAGAACAUGGUGGGGAAGACCAAGGCUUCGGUCACACUGACGGUGCACGCUCCUCCACAGUUUGUGGUGAAGCCGCGGGACCAGAUGGUGGCUGUGGGGAGGACAGUCACGUUCACCUGCGAAGCAACAGGGAGCCCUCAGCCGGCCAUCUUCUGGCAGAGAGAGGGAAGCCAGAAUCUGCUGUUUUCCUACCAGCCUCCGGAACCUUCCAGCAGAUUUUCAGUGUCUCAGGUUGGGGACCUGACCAUCACCAACGUUCAGAGGUCUGAUGUUGGUUACUAUAGCUGCCAGGCGCUCAAUGUGGCUGGGAGUGUCAUCAUCAAAGUCUUCCUGGAGGUGACUGAUGUCAUUUCAGACAGACCUCCUCCCGUCAUUCGCCAGGGCCCUAUCAAUCAGACGGUUGCUGUGGACAGCACUGCAGCCCUUGGGUGCCUGGCCAGUGGAACACCCCCACCCACCAUCCUCUGGAGAAAAGAUGGGAUCUUAGUGUCCACACAUGACUCACGCAUCAGGCAGCAAGAGACGGGAGCCCUGCAGAUCCGUUAUGCCAAGCUGGGUGACUCUGGUGUCUAUACAUGUAUAGCCUCAACACCAAGUGGUGAAGCAACAUGGAGUGCACGCAUUGAUGUUCAAGAGUUUGGGACUCCAGUUUUACCUCCUCGGUUACCAGAUCCCAACCUCAUUCCUGGAACUCCAUCCAAGCCAGAAGUAAGGAAUGUCAGCAAAAAUGGGGUGAUGCUGAUUUGGAAACCAAACAUGAAUUCUGGAGCCACCCCAACCUCCUACAUCAUUGAGGCCUUCAGUCAUGCAGCUGGUAGCAGCUGGCAAACAGUCGCUGACCGGGUGAAAACCGAUACAUACGCCAUCAAAAACCUGAGAUCUAACGCUGUCUACCUCUUCCUCAUCCGAGCUGUCAAUGCUUAUGGCCUCAGUGACCCGAGUCCAAUAUCAGACCCAGUAAAAACCCAAGAUGUCCCACCCACUGGUCAAGGUGUUGACCACAGACAGGUGCAGCGAGAGCUUGGUGAAGUCAUUGUCCAUCUCCACAAUCCCAUCAUCCUCUCUUCGUCUUCAAUCCAGAUCCAGUGGACUGUGGAUCAGCAAUCCCAGUACAUAGAGGGAUACAGGAUACUGUACAGGCCUUCAGUGAUGGACAAGUGGCCUGAAUCUGAUUGGUCAAUCUUUGAGGUGAGGUCAGCAACUGACCGUAGCGCCGUGCUCCCCAAGCUGAGGAAAGGUAUGGGCUAUGACAUCAAAGUGAGGCCAUUCUUCAAUGAAUUCCAGGGUGCAGACAGUGAUGUGAAAUAUGCCAAGACCAUGGAGGAAGUUCCCAGUGCACCCCCACAGAGCGUCACAGUGACACUAAAUGAUGGGAAUGGGACUGGCAUUGUGAUCGCUUGGCAACCACCCCCAGAAGACUCUUUGAAUGGUGAACUCCAGGAGUACAAGGUCUGGUGCCUGGGCAACGAGAGCAGAUACCACAUUAACCGGACAGUGGUGGGCACCGCGCUGUCUGUUGUUAUCCCAUCUCUCACCCCUGGGGUGCGCUAUCGGGUUGAGGUGGCAGCCAGCAACAGAGCUGGCCAUGGGGUGAAGAGUGAAGCUCAGUACAUCCAGCUUGAUUCCUUUGGAAGACUGAGCCCAGAGCAGUCGGAUGAUCAGGUCAGCUUGUCCCAGCAGAUUUCCGAUGUGGUGAAACAGCCAGCAUUCAUCGCUGGAAUUGGCGCAGCAUGUUGGAUCAUCCUGAUGGUCUUCAGUAUCUGGCUGUACCGGCACCGAAAGAAACGCAGUGGAUUAACCAGCAGCUACGCUGGCAUGAGGAAAGUCCCCUCUUUCACAUUCACACCAACAGUGGCCUAUCAGAGAGGGGGUGAAAGUGUGAGCAGUGGAGCAAGACCAGGUUUACUAAACAUCGGAGAUUCAAACCAGCCCUGGUUAGCGGAUACCUGGCCCAACACAGGAACCAAUCACAAUGACUGUAGCAUCAACUGCUGCUCCUCGACCAAUGCUAACAGUGAUAGCAACCUUACAACCUACAGCCGGCCAGCUGAUUGCAUCGCCAACUAUAACAACCAGCUUGAGAAUAAACAGACCAACCUGAUGCUGCCUGAGUCAGCCGUCUAUGGAGACAUGGACCUGAGCAACAAGAUCAACGAGAUGAAGACCUUCAACAGCCCCAAUCUGAAAGAGGGUCGCUGCCUGAACCAAACAGCACAGCCCACUCCCUACGCCACCACCCAGCUUAUCCAGACCACGCUGGGCAACAACAUGAACAGCGGUGGAAUUGAACUGAAUGACAAGCACUGGAAACCGUCACUGCAGACCAAACAGGAGAUAUCCCCCAUGCAGUACAACAUCAUGGAGCAAAAUAAACUCAACAAAGAUAAUCGACUGGCUGAAACGAACAGCAUUCCCACAAUCCCGUAUAACCAGGCAAGUGAGCAUGGGACAAGUGGAUCCUACAACAGUUCAGAUCGAGGCAGCAACACAUCAGGGAGCCAGGGUCACAAGAAAAGUGUCCGGACUCCGAAGUUGCCCAAACAGGGGGGCAUGAAUUGGGCAGACCUUUUACCACCACUUCCAGCUCAUCCUCCACCCACAGCAGUGAAUCCUGAAGAAUACAGCAUUAACACAGACGAAAGUUACGAUCGUGAUGCCCUGUGCCCUCUGCCCCCUGCCCGAAUGUACCUGCAGCAGGAUGAGUUGGAGGAGCAGGAGGACGACGAACGAGGCCCUACACCCCCAGUCCGUGGGGCAGCCUCAUCACCCGCAGCUGUGUCGUACAGCCACCAGUCCACUGCCACCCUAACACCCUCACCCCAAGAGGAGCUGAUGCCAAUGUUACAGGACAGUCAGGAGAACCUGGCUCUCAUCCAGACUGCGAGUGACCGCAGGCGCAACCCAGUCAGCCCCCCACCUCCACCAAGGCCUGUGUCACCCUCGCACACGUACGGCUACAUCUCAGGGCCUCUGGUCUCCGACAUGGAUACAGAUGCCCCCGAGGAGGAGGAGGAGGAGGAAGAGGAGGGAGAGCAGGAGGUGGAGGUGACGAAGAUGCACAGCUGCCGCCUGUUGCUACACAACCUGCAGCAAACACCAGCCUCCAGUGUGGGGGACCUGGAAAGCUCUGUCACUGGCUCCAUGAUCAAUGGCUGGGGCUCAGCUUCAGAGGAGGAUGCCAACACGUCCAGCGGGCGCUCCAGCGCCGUCAGCUCUUCAGAUGGCUCUUUCUUCACUGACGCUGACUUCGCACACGCUAUCGCAGCUGCUGCUGAGUAUGCUGGCCUCAAGGGAGCUCGACACCAGAUACAUGAUGCAGCAGGCCGACGACACUUCCCCUCAUCACAUUGUCCCCGACCCACCAGCCCUUUCUCCACUGACAGUAACGCAAGUGCUGCUGUGAUGCAGAAGCCCCGGCCAGUAAAGAAACUGAAACACCAAGCGGCUCAUGCGCGUCGUGAAAUCUUCACUGACGAGCUGCCUCCUCCUCCGAUUCCCCCUCCCGCCAUCAAAUCGCCCAGCUUCCAGGCCAAGGUUCACCUGGACGCCUGGCCCCCCAUGGUACCAAAAUCCCACGCAGUGGACCAAAAGGCGGAGCGAGCUGGGGACAGCAGGAAGACCAGUGGUCUCCGAGGAAGAGAAGGCACGGAAGCCCAGCAGCUUCCCGAAAGCCGCACAAACCCGGCAGAAUACCGAGAUCUUCCCGAUGCCUGGCAGCAAGAUGCCCUCAGUGCCAAGCAGCGCCUGAACAAGACCAGCAAGCGGGAGACAUCUCAACCAAAGGCACGCCUUCCAACAGGUGCUGCAGAGGAUGUGCUUCCAUACAGUCGGCCAACAUUCCCCUCUGCACAGAAUCCCAGGGAGCCCAGCUCUUCCAGCUCCAUGUCCUCUAGAGGAUCUGGGGGUCGGAGGAGAGCAGAACAACUCAUGGCUGGAAACACCACUGGCAUCUCCCGCAGGAACCCUUUGGAUGCUGGCCUUCAGGAAAUGGGAACGUACGAAUGUGAGGAAGAAGAUUUUGAGGAAACUGAGAGCUGAAGAACAAAGCAAUGUCAAAUGAUGAACUCCGAUUGCACUUUGGAGAGAUCUAUAACAGUUUUUGUAAAACUCCUGCCUUUGGAUGAUAUUUGAUGCCAGAUAUAAUGUUUGGCGCAACAGUAGACCAUGUAAAUUAUCAAUGCUUGCAUCACACUGAUUGAUCAUGUCCUUUUUUUUCUAAACUGUAUCAAUUUUGACUUUUCGUUUCUUUUGGGGUGGGGAGGGACAAUUUUGGCUUUUAAUUAUAAUUUAUGUCUUGAUUUGACUGUCACUCAAUUUGAAAACUUUUUUGACUGAGGUAGAGUUCCUACAACAUGGAAAAUUGAAAUGGGGUGAUUCAUAUUGUAAAUAUUUACUGGAUUUUUUUGUCACACCUAAUUAAACCUCCAAGUUCCUAUUCAGCCCUGUUGUAAAUAAGCUGUGUGUUAAACACCAUCCUCCAAAGAAUGGCCAUUUUGGCGAAAAGCUGAAUUGUUUUUAAUAAUAUAUGUAAUUUUUUUUGUCGUUGUAAUGCACUGUUUUAAUUUUUUUUGGUUUAUUUCUUGGUUUCAAAAGCACAAUCACUAAACUUAAUUUUGAAAGGAAAACCAUUCUUUAAUGGUACUUACGAAUCUCCGACACCAAUGCGGAGAAUUGCAUGUGACGAGAGAAAGUGGGGGGAGGUGAGGAGGAGAUCGGAGAGGUGUUCAAUUUUCCAGCUGUUAGCAGCUGCUUUGGGGAAGGGGUCAGUGAGGGAGCAAAUGGAAACAUGAGGUUCAAUUCAGGAGGAGUUAGGAAGUCCCAGUUGCAUAGAGCCUAGUGAAAGAAGCAAAGAUUCCAUUUGGUCCUUUGUAAGAGAAGGUUCUUGUCAAGAGGAGGACUUGAGACAAAAUUUGUGGCUGUUUACAGUCAAGCAGACCAGUCUGCAUAACGUCAAUGAGGACUUUUGCCACUGAAAAAUCUCUUUAAUUGUCUUUGCUGAUCUCUAAGCUGAUUCUGCUCAUUGUGGUGUGGGACAAGAGCAGGAGGUAGAGAGAUGCAGCAACAGGAUGCUGCUUGGUAACAGCUAUAUAAUUAACAGGGUACACUAUUUUACAUUCGAGGGAAGGUACAGGUUUAUACCUGAUUGCCCCCUGUAAAAACUGAAGAGAGAUCACUUUUCAAUCUCAUGUAACAGGCGGUGUCAUUGGAUCAAGGUUUAACUUUGGGACUUCGGAUUAGUGGUACUAAAGGCAGUGGUGUAUCCUGUGAAGGGAAUCGGCAAACCUGUCUACGAUGUUUGGUACUUUUUAUGUAAGAGUUCAUUUCCGUAGUCAUAAAUUUACGUAAUCAGGAUCAAAUAAUCCUUAAAAGUGUAAUUUCCUUGCCACAUUAUUUAUUAAAAAUUGUCCUCAAAA